AUGGGCUCCAUCAGCGGACCACCGGACGUGAUCCAGCGUAUUACCCAACAAAUUGGGAAUACCCCCAUGAUUGACCUUAGUCCUUUCACAAAAAGACUGGGGGUUCAAGCAACUGUGUACGCCAAGCUUGAGUAUUUCAAUGCUGGCGGUAGUAUCAAAGACCGAGUUGCUCUGCGUAUGGUAGAGCAGGCAGAGAAACAAGGCGAUAUUCAUCCAGGGGAUACUCUUAUUGUGCCGACAAGUGGUAACACAGGCAUUAGCAUUGCUUUAAUAGCUGCUGUGAAGGGUUAUGAAACGAUAAUCACAUUAUCGGAGGGGAUGUCCAUGGAAAAGGAGGUGGUACUUCGAUCCCUAGGCGCGACUGUCAUUCGAACUGCAUCUGGAGUUCCAUAUGACUCCCCGAAAUCUCAUCUCGGCGUUGCCAAACGGCUUGCGAAAGAGUUGCCGAAUGCACACAUGCUAGAUCAGUUUGGAAAUGAGGAGAAUCCAACUGUUCAUGAGUUGGGAACUGCAGAAGAGAUCUGGUCGCAGACCCGUGGACGAGCCAACGUUGUCAUUGCGGGUACUGGGACUGGUGGGACCGCGACAGGUAUUUCGCGGGGAUUGCGGAAAUACAACCCAUCAUUUAGAAUGAUCUGCGUUGAACCUGUUGGCUCGAAGAUGUCUGAAUCUCAUCACUCGGUUGACAAGAAGGUGAGUAGCCAGCCUUUCCUUAUGGAAGGUAUUGGUGGGGACUUUACGCCAGAGGUUUUGGACCAAAGCGCGAUAGAUCAAUGGUGCAGCGCCGAAGACAAAGAGUCAUUCUAUUAUGCUCGAAAACUUAUCCGGGAAGAAGGUCUUCUUGUUGGAGGUAGUAGUGGGAGCACCGUUGAAGCUUUGGUGCAAGCAUCCCGGAAAGGUCUCAUCAACAGCGACGAUGUGGUGGUACUCAUUUUUCCUGACAGUAUUCGGAACUAUUUGAGCAAGGUAUAA